AUGGCUCAUACAAGAUCAAACUCUCAGGCGAAUACGAAUCAGCCAUCACAGCAAAGCCAAACUCAGCCGGCUAGCACCCACAGAAGAACUAGGUCCCAAUCCCAGGGAGGACUCCAAAAAGACACCAAUUCCGCCAAGGCGAAAACAGACUCUACAAAAGUAGGUUUAACUCGUGCGUUGAUCGCACAGGCCCAAGGGAAACAGGUGGAGGAGCAAGUAAAUGAAACUAGCGGCCCCAGCCCUCCCGAUCUUAUGCCGAUCGAUGAACUCGAUGAAGGCAGUGCGACAAUUGGUUAUGGCAGCCGUCCCAACAGAACAGAGCCCACAUGCUCGGCUGACGGAAAAACCCUCCACAAAGAAGACGAGGCCGCACCUACCGACCGUCGGUCAAACCAUGUAGACGAUGGUUCAGCAGCCUUAGAGAAAAUGAAAUCCGUCGUAGAAGCUCAAAGAGCAAAGCGAGACAGGGUUACACAGGAUCUCACGGGUGUAAAAAGAUUGUUUGAAAAUGGCGACCACAGUAAAGAAUCAGAGUACCAAACGCUUUGCGAACAAUACGAGGACCAGAAAAGAGUUCUAGCCUCUGCUGAACGCGAAUAUGAUGAGUUGCUCUUGAAUCACGCUGAAUCCUCUCAUGCCAGUGCGAGCCGUAUAGACUCUCCUAGACCGACAGAUAUAUACGCAGUACCGGACGACGACAAGGGCCUAAAUCCAAGCAACGGUACAUUUGAGAUGCAAUUCAAGCAUUGCGGCGGUGUUGUGUAUGAUGCUUACCGGUAUGGACCUAAGGGGCAAGAGCGUUUUGAGAUCAGAGGCGGUAAAAAAGGAGGUCGGCCAGAAAUACCGUAUGGCGACAGGCCGGACAUGCCUAAGAUUCCUCUAAGGGCUGAAAAUAUCGAGAAGAUUAUAUGGAUGACCUUUAAAAAGAUGACUCCCGAGGAGACCAUAUGUUAUGAAAACUGGAAAACGAAUGCUGGCAGGAUGGCGCGUCCCGUCCACAGAUUUUUUGUUCGUUGGCCUACGGAGGACGGCGGUGUCCAUUCGUGGGAGAAAAGAACAACUGUGGAGAAGCACUGGAAAAAUUAUGCCGAAGGAGAGAAGAGGGCCAAGAAAACUUUGACUGUCAAAAGUCCAGUAAGAAUGGGCGACAUUGAGGUUUUGAAACCUGGUGAGACAAUAUCAAAGCUCGACUACGUGGCAAUCACGACUGCGUGUCAACAGUACCAGAGACAUGUGAAUUGGGCCAAGCAGCAGAGUGCUGCGCGCCGACCUGGCUUGGAAAGAGGGAAAGCGUUGAAAGUAGAAGACGAGGAGUUCUAG